UACGUCAUCGGAACCUUCAGCUGUCAGACUUUGGCCACCCUGCAGGUUUUGUUAGCAAACUAACGCGAACUCUGCGACUUUAUUUAAAGUUGUGCAUUCGUCUGCUAACCGAUUUUGGAUCUUAAAAGCUGGCGAUUGAAUCGCAAAGCUUGCACGAAGACGAGGCGACUCGUUUUUAUUCGCUGCUAGCUCUUGCAACACAAGCCAGCGAUAUACUGAGCGGGUGUAAGAGUAAAUGCAGGGAGGGAGGGAGUAAAAAAAAAAGGCAAAAGUCUUUGUGCUUCCCUUCCCCCUCAUCAAAGCGAAGGGGAAAUGUCUCUGUCCAAAGGAGGGAGGAAGAAAAGCCAUGGGCUGAAGCUGGCCAAAGAAGUUUUUGCAACGCCACCACCAGAAGUAACAGCGCCCCCUCGAGCUCUUGACUCUAUAACUUGUGUCAAAAUUGGAGAUAAGAACUUUGUCGUGAAGGCAGAUGACUUGGAGCAGAUUGAAGAGCUGGGGAGGGGAGCAUAUGGUGUGGUGGACAAGAUGAAACAUAUGCCCAGUGGUGUUAUCAUGGCUGUCAAGAGGAUCCGUGCCACAGUCAACACUCUGGAGCAGAAGAGGCUGCUGAUGGACCUGGACAUUUCCAUGAGGACCGUGGACUGCUUCUUCACUGUGACUUUCUAUGGCGCCCUAUUCAGAGAGGGUGAUGUUUGGAUCUGCAUGGAACUGAUGGACACAUCUUUGGAUAAGUUCUAUAAGAAAGUUAUUGAGAAGGGCAGAACUAUUCCCGAGGACAUCUUGGGCAAGAUCACGGUAGCAAUUGUAAAGGCAUUAGAACAUCUGCACCGUAACCUGUCAGUGAUACACAGAGAUGUAAAGCCCUCCAAUGUUUUGAUCAACACCUUGGGCCAAGUGAAGAUGUGCGACUUUGGCAUUAGUGGCCACCUGGUGGAUUCAGUGGCUAAAACGAUGGAUGCAGGCUGCAAGCCCUACAUGGCGCCUGAGCGGAUCAACCCUGACCUCAACCAGAAAGGCUACAGUGUCAAGUCGGACAUAUGGAGCCUCGGUAUCACAAUGAUUGAACUGGCCAUUUUGAAAUUUCCCUACGACUCAUGGGGAACUCCCUUUCAACAGCUCAAACAGGUGGUGGAUGAACCUUCUCCACAGUUGCCUGCUGACCGUUUCUCCCCAGAGUUUGUAGAUUUCAUCUCUCAGUGCUUAAGAAAGAAGCCCAAUGAACGACCGGCUUAUACGGAAUUGAUGAAACAUCCAUUUUUCACCCUGCAUGACUCCAAAGAGACAGACGUGGCCAGUUUCGUCAAGGUCAUCCUGGAUGACUGAUGUGGUCUCUCCAGGCUCCGCCUCAUCGGGGAUAGGCGGGACCUCUCAGCAAACGAACCUAUGGCCUACCUUUUUGUGAAAACUCACUGGAAUGACAGACUCAUGCACCCACACACAACAAAGGGGGUGACCCAAAGACUGACAGCAGCCCAACAGCACUGGAGUUGGACAGCAGUGGUGAUAUGAACUUGUACGGUCAACUGGAGAGGUUUUAAUUCACUCUUCCCAAGAUUCCUGUGUGAGCAGUUAUGCAGUACGACAAAAUAUGAACUCACCCCAAUUUGUUGUUCUUAUCUUGUUCAGUCCCCCUCCAAAAAAUCCUUAUUUUAACUCUUUCUCUAAAGCGGACAGAGCCAGCCUUUAUUUGUUUGUGACACAUAUUUUAUGCAUACUUUCAAUUAUAUCUGCAAAACCAUCAGUUAAUGUGUAUGCUGUUCUUGUACUGAAAGCUAUAUUUGCAUAUCCGUUUGUAUCCGUUUCAAUACUGUAGCUCAUUGAAAAGUGUGAAUUUUACCACACUAGGGCCUUACUGGUCAGCUCGGAUCAGGUCUGACCUGGUUGCUGCCCACGUGUGAUUGAUCAGUGCGGGGGCUCCAGUUGUUGCGGGCCAGGCUGUGUGGGAGGCUCCGGAGCUGAGACAAAACGCAAGAAAUGUCAAAGGUCAUAUUCUGGAUAAGUCGAGUCGCACAGAUCUGAUCCAUGCAGUGGGCCCCUCCCCGCAUUGUGGUUUUUUUUGGGUAUUACAGAGUUGGCUCCUGUGCUGCCAUUGUUACUGCCUGGUGGUGUUCAGGGGUUUGCCUAAUCAAGCUCACAGCUUCGUCUUCUAUGUGCCAUUUUGCAAAUCGUUCUCAUGACUUAUUGCAUUAAAUAAUUUGUGUUCUUUUUUGCAUUUGUUCUUUCCUGUGUUUUGUUUUCCCCCCCCCCCCUUUUAACCCCACCUCCCCCUCCUCUCAGUUCCUUCUUAUCUUAUUGAUUCUGGUUGUUUUUGUUUUAGAGAUCUUUUUAUGCCUUACACAGGCAGUAUGUUAGGGAAAUAAUUUAUGUUUGGAAGAUGUAAAUAUCUUUGUUUUGUUUUUUCUUUAUAAAUGUAAGAUGACACUGUCCCAACCUGUCCCGGUGUAGAUGAAUGGUAGAGUGGUUGGAUUAGUUUGUUUUAAUGCAGUGUGACACGCAUGCACACAAAACUCACAGGGCAAGCUGACUGGGCCAGGACUGAUGUGCUCCACCAUUCAGGUUUCUGCGCUCUCCUAUCAGUACUCAGAGA